AUGAAGAAAUUCAUCACGACCAAAUUGCACACCUCCUCGUCGUCUAUCGAAGAACCAGAGAAAGAAAAAGAAAUAAAUCAACAGCAAAAGGAAGACGACUCCAAAGAGACCCGCCGCCACAGUAGCAUCGUAAGAUCGAAAUCACUAUCAUCACCAGCGUCGACGACGUCGUCACCGAUAGCAACGCUACGAGUACAGGCAGCAGCGACGGCGACGGCGACGACGACGGUCACUGUCAUGACAUUGAAUUCCACCACGACGGUGGAAACCGACGACGCCGGUGCCACCGCCGACGGCCGGAGAAUGGUGACGGUGGACGAUCCGCCGCCAGCUUUGCUUCAACCCAUGCAACCUCAGCAGUCGAAGGUGCAACCGCAGCAUGCCAUUAUUACCAUCAGCAAACCGAAACCGCCACCGUCGAUCUUCGGCGGCGGCGGCGGCUCGACCUCGCCGGCUGGCCAGGUCAAAAUGUGCGGCUAUCUGAAGAAAAAGCGCAACAAGAUGGGUGGCUGGCGAAAGAUGUACUUCAUCCUGCAGAACCAGCUGCUGCUUUCCUACUCGUCGAAGGACGACUACGAGAAACGGCUCGCCCCCUUCAAGGACAUCAUCAAUCUGGUCCCGGGUACGGUCAUCAUUCCAACCACCGGACCGCGCUUUACGAUCGAGACCAACUCCAAGGUGCUGUACACGUUUCGCUGCGAUGAUCAUAAAAGCUGUUCCGAGUGGAUAACUGCUUUGCUCGACAGUCUCAAAGGUGACGGCGGCGGCAUCGGCGAUAAAAAGUACAGCCUGCACGGCGGCGGCGCUGCUCCGGCAGCCACCGGGAGCCUGCAGCACCAUUUGACCCGCCGCUCGCUAUCCUCGCUGUCGUCCUCGUCGUCGUCGGCCUCGUCGAUCGGUUCGUCGUCGGCCACCACGGUCGGUCACUACGCAACGGAUGAUCCGUCCAAGAUGGUGAUUACCUCCAUCAGGCGGCUGCAGCACAAUAUGCCACCGCAUCCGUCGGCCGGAAUGCGGCAACAUCAGGCCUCGCUGUCGGCGCCAAAUUUGUUCUACGGCUUCGGCAGCAUCACCCAGAGUCAGCAACAGAACGUGAAAGUGGGCAAACUGGUGCAGCUGCCCAUCGCCAGCGGAACGGCUCGGCUGCUCGAGCGGGGAGGGGCUGCCGAACGCGGCGGCCAGAAAAAGUACAAGAUACUGACCAUUAAUGAGGUGGACGAUGAUGGGGAAAAUGAUGAAAAACCAGCUACGACAACACUGGCAGCAACGGCAACGGCAGCAGUAGUGGCGCGCGCUAUCAGUAACGGUAACCUCGGCCGAGGGGACUCAAAGGGGAUCAAAGUGACGACGACAAGAACCAGCAACAGUCUGGGCGAGAAGCUGAACGAAGCCGGCAGGCGGCGUGGUGGCGGUGGGGGGGACGAUAAAGUGAAGCACGUGAAAAGCAGUGACGGCGGCGGAGAGGAAAGCAACGAGGCAACCACAGCCUUAGGCAACAACUUCCGACUGCAUACCGAUCGGGAGAGAAUGCAUCAGUCCGCUGAGGUGUGUCGGAUCAACAGUAUGUUCGUCGGUGGCAGUGACGGUGGCAGUGGAAGCAGCAAACAACCGCUGGUGCUGCUGGCCCCAGCGACAACAGCAGCAGCGAAACAACGAAUGAACCAGAAAGUUGGUGACGGUCAAAGUGUCGAGAGCGUUAUUGGUAUCGGUAAUCUGGCAGCCAGUACCGGUGAUCUUCGGCGGUUCGGAAGUAGUUUGCGAAGUAACCGCGGUGGAACCACCAGAACUAACGGUGGCGGUGGUGGCAGUGUAACGGAUUUGCGAUUUGUAACCACAACCACAGGCGGAAGUCAGGCCAGGCCGGAUCUGCUGCUGCCGGCGAUGAUGAUGGAUUCGAAACCGCUCACGGAUAUCAAUCAUAAUCAUUUGGCCAAAUGGAGCGCCGAAAGCAUCACCAUAUCACUCACGGAGAACGGAUUCACCCUGAGCAGUGGAGGGCCCGGCCGAAGUGUCGGCUCAACGGAUACCCUGUACCGGAGCGCAAAAGCCAGUUCGGCGACCGGUUUAACGGCUUCGGUCCGCAUACGUAGCAACAGUCACUGCAGUGAUCUGCACAAAACUAGUCAGAACUACAGCAGCCGGACGGAGUUGAAUCGAACUUCUCCGACUCGCCGACAGGGAGCAAAUUCACCAAAGAACUGCGGUAAUGCUGGCGGUACUGCGGGAGGAGCACCCGCAGAGCCCAUCUACGCUGUGGUUGAUUUGAGUUUGAAGAAAUCUCGACGAUUGAAGCAAUGGGGACAAGCGUCGGGUGAGCCCGACGUUGUUGAGACCGAACAUCGGAUUAAGGUCGAAAUGGUGCGUGAUCGGGAAACUGGCCGGCUUCAGGAAAAGUCCAGCAGCGACAGUCCGAUAGCGGCAACAAGCGGUGCAGCGUGCAGCGCACCGACUAGCAACAACGACUAUGAGGAGUUGAGUGAGUUGACUAUUGAAAAUUUUGGUCUGUUCAGAGACGAUCAGGAUAAUUCGAACGACAGUGAAAAUAUCUAUGAACCGAUCAACAUUCCGGAGAUUCCACUGUCAUCCCGAAACGCUUCACCAUCGGCCACUCCCUCGCAAACGAACAGCCUCUGGCGCCAUUUGAAGAAGAUGAACAUCAACCAGCUGAUGAAGCGCCAACCGGAACCAAACCAAAGAGACGAACCGGACACCCAGCCAGCACUCCCACCAACGUCCGGGUCCGUUAAAGCGUCCACUUUCAGUGAGUUGAGCAAAAAGUUCGGCCACCAUCGGCGUUCGAUCAAGAACCGGAUGCGGGUGCUGGUCGAUCGGCAGCACAGUCAUCCACCCUCAACGGGGUUCGAAACGAACAACAGCAGCGUCAGUUCGCUGCCGAAGCAGAUGACCGAAUCGGACGGCGACGGUAAGAUGCUGCGGAGGAAAACGUCCACCGACAAUAGCAACAGUCGGGGCGCUCUGUUCAGUACGUUCGGACGAAACAAAAAGUCGCGCAAGUCGCUUUCGUUCGAUGAUUUCAUACCGCGCAAAAAGCACCAACAGCAGCAGCAGCAGCAUCAUGUCGGUGGAGUGGGAUUGGUUAUUUGUAAAACCACUAUUGCGGACAACAGUAAGGCCCAUGACGAGCUGCACCGCGAGCUGAAGCGGCAACUGUCGAAACGAUCCGAUAGCAGCACCGGUAGUGCUGCCAGCAGCAGUGGUCACGAGAAUAAGAAUAGUUUAGAGCUGUAA